AUGAAGCGUAAAUUAUGUGCAACACCGCAUUUUAAUUGUGAAGGCGACAUGGAGGAGCUUAAUGUGAUAGUUUGCGGGAUAUCGGCGAUGGUGAUGGGUUGCGUAGCGUUUAUAGAAGAACGUCAAAAGUUUAAUAUGGGCCUAGGAAUACCGGCUGGUUGUUUCAGUGUUAUAGCUGCAGCUGUAUCAAUACAUACAUCGCGAGGUUGGAGUGCAAUGACUGGAACGAUGGUUGGGGCGGGAGCGGCGAGCGUUCUCUGGGCGGCAGCGGGUUGUUUACUCGUCGCUCUAAUUGUGCAAUGCUGUAGAACCAUUUUAGAUCCACCGGGCGCUGAAUAUGAUGAUGGGUUGCUGGAUGAGGAUUCAAGACCAUCUUCGCGGGAUUUGGUCGUGAUAGCCUGUGUACAGAUCGUUCUUGCCAUCAUUACACUUCUCAGUACAGCUGUGUGCGUGCGUAUUGAUUAUGGAGCAUGA